AUGCCACAACUUCCCGUAGUGCAAACUCAGUGGAGCAAUGUGCGCCUGACACUCGAGGAGCCGGAUGGUACGCAAUUGUGCUCUGCUAAAUCGCUUGCGUUCUCAUCUGAUGGGGAAUUGCUUGCAUCCGGGGAUACUUCCGGUGCCGUGAAAGUAUGGGACAGUGAAACGGGGCAACUCCUGCAUACAAUGGCUAGAGAUCAUGAUGAUGAGAUCGAGGCUGUCGCGUUUUCUCCUGACUGCGAACUCCUAGCAUCGGCGACAUACGGUGGAAACCUCCAUGGUGGGGUCGUCCAGGUUCACGAGUCGAGGACUGGCACAAAGCUACAUGAACUUGAGUUCCAUACUACUGACAUCGACUACCCACGAGCGGUAGCAUAUUCUAGAGAUGGCAAGGUUUUGGCAGUUGGCGGCGGUAAUGGCGUCAUUACGCUUUGGGAUCUCACCAGCGGAAACUUGAAGCGGAGACUCGAGGGCCAUACUGAGGCAGUCAUGGCGGUAAGUUUCUCGGCAGAUGGAUUGCUAGCAUCGGGUUCGAACGACAAAACGGCGAGGCUAUGGAACCCAGAAUCGGAGCAAUUGCUCCGCACGUUUGAAGGAUUCUCAAACCCAGUCUGGAUGGUGGGCUUUGCUGCCCACGGGCACUUAUUGAUGGGAUUGACGGAUGGGGUAGUAAAGACAUGGGAUAUGCGGGACGGGGGUACCGUUGAGACACUGACUACUCCCAGUCGGGAUGUGGAUCGCUAUGAAAUCAUCCGCCCUGUUCUGUCCUCCAGCGGCCAGCUCCUAGCCGUUCCGGUUGAGGAGAUAGUAGAGCUGAGUGAUGCUUUUUCCGGCAAAAGAACACAUGUGGUACGGGGAGUCUUGAGAGAAGCCAAGGCGGUUGCUUUGUCACCAGAUGAUAUGCUCAUAGCAGUGGCACGUCUGGGCCAAAUCAGCAUCGAGAUGAGAGAGCUGUGCCAUGAAAGCGUGAUGGAUUCUUCGGUACCUCUAUACCAACCAGGCGCGCUGAUGGAAUUCUCCCCAAACGGCAGACUCCUGGUUUCGGCGGGACACGAAAGAUUGGAUUUGUGGGACGCAGCAACCGGAAGAAACGUUUACACUUAUAAAGACCAUGACGGGUGGGUCACCAACCACGUAUCGAAAGUCAUAUUUUCGCCGGAUAGCAGAUGGCUAGUGUUCGCUGCCGGGCCAGCCCGCUACAAAUGGGACAUCAGCCGAGGCCUCAGUGGUAUCCGUCCCAUCCUCAGCAAUGGUGUAGGGAGCCUGCGCUUCGCCUUUUCCCCGGACAGCAAAGUACUCGCGCAAGAGAUAUCAGCGAUAGGGCACGUUCAGCUCUGGUCGAUCGAGACGCUGGAACCACUGCACGCGUUUCCCGUUCUUCACGAAGUCGGCGACAUGGCAUUUUCCCCUGACAACAAGUGUUUCGUGUGUGGUCUGCUGAGUGGCGAUAUCCAGCGGUGGGAUCUCGAUACAGAGACACCACAUCAAACCCUCACACACCAAGCGGGGAUGGUAACCAAAGUUGCAUUGUCAUCUGAUAGCAAGCUUCUAGCAUCCUCGACAGAAUCAGAAGUUAUCGUCUGGGAUUGGGCCACUGGUUCGGCUCUAAGGACAUUUACCCCUGGUGCAAGAGUCACCGAAUUAUCAUUCUGCAGUGAGGAUAACUUCCUCAAGACCGACCAAGAGGUGUUUCGCGUAAACGACUCAAAUACCGCACCUCCAAAGGAGCUCCCACGCUUCGACUUUAGCCCGGAUGGCUCGUGGGUUACUCGCAAUGGUAGCAAUUUUCUUUGGCUACCACCGGAGUACAGAGCAGUUGCGUUGGCCCGAUAUGGGAGUCGUCUGGCAUUGGCCCUCGAAACUGGUCGCGUGGUUUUCAUUGGAUUUAAGCAUCCUGAUAGCUGGUAG